UCUUUCAUUUCAGCCUACAAAGAAAAAAUGAAGGAGCUCUCCAUGCUGUCACUGAUCUGCUCUUGCUUUUACCCGGAACCUCGCAACAUCAACAUCUAUACUUAUGAUGACAUGGAAGUGAAGCAAAUCAACAAACGUGCCUCUGGCCAGGCUUUUGAGCUGAUCUUAAAGCCACCAUCUCCCAUCUCAGAAGCCCCACGAACUUUAGCUUCUCCAAAGAAGAAAGACCUGUCCCUGGAGGAGAUCCAGAAAAAACUGGAGGCUGCAGAGGAAAGAAGAAAGUCCCAGGAGGCCCAGGUGCUGAAACAAUUGGCAGAGAAGAGGGAACACGAGAGAGAGGUGCUUCAGAAGGCUUUGGAGGAGAACAACAACUUCAGUAAGAUGGCGGAGGAAAAGCUGAUCCUGAAAAUGGAACAGAUCAAGGAAAACCGUGAGGCUAAUCUAGCUGCUAUUAUUGAACGUCUGCAGGAAAAGGAGAGGCAUGCUGCAGAGGUGCGCAGGAACAAGGAACUCCAGGUUGAACUGUCUGGCUGA